AGUAAUGACGUCAUGAGUGAUGUUCUCGCCGUAAACACUUAGUGGAAUUCACCAAUAAAGGAAAGUUAUUCUUAUAAAUAAAAUUAUAAAGUUUAAAAUUAGUUUACAUAUCUGUUAAAAUCAAUAGAAAAAUGCAGGAAACCCUGACCUACUUCCCAUGAAUCCAGUAACUUUUUUAUUUAAAGUAAAUUUCAAAAUAUUAAUUCAAAUAUAUUCAUUGUAAUGAUAUCUAUGUGAGUUAAUAUUAACUACUAGUAGAAAUCUAAGCAAUUAAUAAACUAGUUGAAUUAAAUUAUUAUUACCAUUAAAUAUAAACAAUUGCAUGCAAAUAAGCAAAUUAAUUUCAAUACAAUCAAGUUAUAUGGUUUCCAUGACUUUUAUAUGACAUAUGACUAAUAUUUGAUUUAUUUGUUCUGUUUUAUCUAAUUAUAAAAGAACUUAUUUACUAUCAUAGAUACAGAUUGCACUCUGAUCUGAUACGUAUUAUAAUGAAUAGGCAUAAAUAAUUUUGUGGGACGAUUUUAAGAAGUAGUUUUUAUUUCCACGAUAAAUAAAAACAUUGUUGAAGAAAAUUUAUAUUCUAAAUUCAUUCUUUUUCGUAAUCUUAAAACAGUAACAUAGUAACAAUGCCUGACACAACAGGAAAACUGAGUAUGGGUCCUCAUACUUACGAAAUCUCUAAUAUCCUCUAUCAAACAAAUAGAAAGCGUCUUCUAGAGAAAUUGAGAAAAGUGUCUGAAGAUUCAGUUGUUGUUCUCCAAGGAGGAUGUGAACUGCCUUUAUAUGACAGUGAUAUUAAUUAUAUUUUCAUUCAGGAAUCAUAUUUCUGUUGGUGUUUUGGAGUUACUGAAGCAGGCUGCUACGGAAUAAUAGAUAUAGUUACAGGAAAUGCACAUUUAUUCUUUCCAAGGUAUCCACAAGAAUAUGCUGUAUGGAUGGGUCCAUUAACUCCUUUAGAAACAUUUAAAAAGAAAUACAAUGUUGAAUAUGUUCACUAUGUUGAUCAGAUUCAAACAGUACUUCAAAAAUUGAACAGGAAGAAAUUAUUGACUCUGACUGGGCGUAAUAGUGAUAGCGGUCUUGAUGCCAAAGAAGCGACAUUUGAGGGAAUUGACAAGUUCAACGUGGACAACAAAACAUUAUUUCCUAUAAUAGCAAAUUUGAGGGUGAUAAAAACAGAACAUGAAAUUGAAGUUAUCAAGUAUGUCGUAGGAGUGUCUUCUGCAGCACACAGACAUGUGAUGAGGAUUGCCAAAGAUGGUUUAUUUGAAUAUCAAUGUGAGUCCGAAUUUUUACACUAUUGCUACAAAAACGGUGGAUGUAGACAUGCAGCUUACACUUGUAUUUGUGGUUCUGGCAUCAACGGGGCUGUUCUACAUUACGGACAUGCUGGUUGUCCAAAUGAUUAUAAGUUGAAAAAUGGAACAUUGUGCCUUUUUGAUAUGGGAGCUGAUUAUUUUGGUUAUGCUGCUGAUGUUACUGUAACCUUUCCAGUAAAUGGAAAAUUCACCCCUCAACAAAAAAUCGUUUAUGAAGCUGUUUUGAAAGCUAAUGAAGCUGUUAUCAAGGCUGGCAAACCUGGAGUACCAUGGCCAGAAUUACAUAUAUUAGCAAACAAAAUAUUAUUGGAAGAAUUGAAGAAAGGAGGUCUACUUAAGGGUUCUGUAGAUGAAAUGCUGGAAGCAGAUAUCGCCGCAGUUUUCCAACCUCAUGGACUUGGACAUUUUCUGGGGUUAGAUACUCACGAUGUAGGAGGAUAUUUAGAUGGUUAUCCCUCUCGACCUAUAAGACCAGGGUUAAAGAGCUUGAGAACUGCUAGAGUGUUGGAGAAAAACAUGGUUGUCACUGUCGAACCUGGAUGCUAUUUUAUCGAUUGUUUGCUAGAUGAAGCUCUAGCGGAUCCAAAGAAAUCCAAAUUUUUAGUGCCAGAAGUACUGAAAACCUAUAGAGGUUUCGGUGGUGUACGCAUUGAAGAUGAUGUUCUCGUUACAGAAGAUGGUAUCGAAUGCCUAUCAAAAGUACCAAGAACUGUUCAAGAAAUUGAAGACUGGAUAGCCGGGAAAGAUGACGAUGAAAAAUAUGCUUAACUGGGAUAAUUAAUUUUAUGCUUAUUUUUACAAUUGGAUAUUCAAACAAAUUCCCAAUCUUCAUUCAUCAACGUAUUUUUUAUUUAUUCAAAAUUUAUACAUUUUGUUACAACAAUAUUAUUAUUCUAUUUAUAUGUUAUUUUUAUUAUUGACUUUAUUCUAUGGGACAAUAACAAUAAAAAUUAUUUAUUAAUAAGUAGGAUAAUUAUUUUCUAUUUUAAUUUCAAUAAAUUUGAUCUCAUAGAGUUGUCAGAACUUCAUAAACGUUUUAAAAUCAUCAGUACACAAUCCCAUUAUUGUGUCUAACACGAGGAAAGGAGAGACUCCUUGCGGUGCGAAACAAGGAGAGCGGCGGGAGUGGAGAUAGGUCGAGCCAUGAGUCUCCGCGGAUAAGUGGCUAGAUGUCUAUCAUGUUUCGUUUGUGUUUUUACAGUGAUUGCAAUUAAGGAUCGUUGCAUUUUGUGUCCGUUUGUAAGGGAUUCCUCCUCCUCCUUGUUAAAAAUAAGUUGUGUUACCCGUGGGUUAGACACCCUUGUGAAAGUGAAGCUCUCGAAUGUGAGGAAUCAGUGCGACUCCAUGAAUACUGUCGGAAGAGGUACAGACAACACAUUGUUGGCCAGUAAACUCAAAAGAGCACAGUUUUUAAAAAAUUUGACAGCACUGUACACUUAUCUGUCGCUUUCCGAGUCGGAAACGCACCCGCAGUCGUCCCUCUUGGUUCUGUAAUGCCAACUACCUAAUCUAAAAACAUUAAUGACGAUAACCCGUCAAAAAUUAUUGUCAAAGAAAAUAAACCCCGUAAUUUUUGUGGCUUCACAUUUUUUUCCUACUUUCAGUGGUUGUUAGCUAAAAUUCCAUGUUAUAAUCUAUAAUUCCUGUAAUAUAUGUAAUGU